CUUUCGCAUCUGUCAUGGCGGGAAUGUUGCAUUUCAAAGUUUAAUUUUGCUCAACCUUUUCCGCGACAUUUCACCGUAAUGUGCUCCCUGUCGUCGUUCCCUCGACCGCCAACGGGAGGUUUAAUCACCCUCUACGAGAAGGAUGGUGACUUGCACGAAGGAAACGAAAGUGAAUGGAGAGAACUCGCAGAAAGAUUUUCAGCAUAUCCUCGUGUAUCCAUAGUUCGUGAGACCACAAGACACCCUGCUUUUCCAGAAAGUGCUGCUGGUGCUUUUCUUCAGCAACCGGAAUCCAUUUGGAAACAAGCAUUUGUGUCAUGGCAAGAGAAGGGAUUCGUUGGCUUCUUGGAACAAUUAUCAACAUACAAUGAGUCAUCCAUUGUUCUGUCUAUAGCACGAUUCGCUGCAAAAAGUAUUCUCUUAGGCACAAGGUGGUUCUACAAGCAGGGGCUGUUCUUCCCACAUCUGUUGCUGUCCAGUGAAGAUAUGUGCAAGGAGUUUUCGUUGGCCUUGGACUGGUCGAGGGGCCAUGUAAGAGCCUUUGCCUGGCACCCCCAGUGCCCCAAGUUUGCUGUGGCGUCACAUGGUGACAUGGUUCGUGUGUAUGCCCCCAACAUGAGCAUUACGCCCAUGCUGAAGCACAGGUCCCAGCGGAACAUCACUGACAUGGCUUGGAAGCCCUACAGCUCUGCUGUUCUGGCUGUUGCUUGCCAGGAGGGAGUCCUUCUUUGGCAAGUGGAACCAACAUCUCUUAUUGCCAGGCCAUCCUCAGCAUAUGCAUCACUUCUUUCUCACGAGGGGCACAAUCCAGUCAGCAGCAUUGCAUGGCAUCCUAAGGGAACACUCUUGGCUUCUGCUUCUGCAGCUGACUGCUCACUUCUUAUCUGGAAUGUCGCUAUGGAAGAGUGCUUUCCACUGACACGUCUAGCUGGCGGAGGAGUCUCCCUUAUUCGAUGGUCACCUGACGGUUCUAGACUUUUUGCAGCAUCACCACAGAGUCUUUUCAGGGUAUGGGAUACAAAGCAGUGGCAGUUUGACCGGUGGUCAACUCAGCAGGGCCGCUGCCAGACAGCCUGCUGGAGCCCCGAUGGCCGGUGGCUGCUGUGCAGCUUUGCUGGUAGACCCGCCCUCUAUGCGCUGAGCUUUCCACCUCCGCCAGCAGCCUCUGUGGAUGAGGAUGAAGGCGAGACAACAGCUUGGUCCCCGCACCCGGAUACUGCCUUUGGGACGGGCUUACCUGUGGCUGACCUCAGUGAGGUGGACCUACCGCUGCACUCCGAUGCUGGUGAUGGAAUCAGGGUCGGAGGUCUUGUGCAGAACAUGGCCUGGGACAAGCAUGGAGAGCGCUUGGCCAUUUCUUUCAGAGAUCACAGCGAGUAUGUUGCUCUCUUUAGGACCAAGACCUCGCCUGUCUUUCAAAUGUUUCCAUGUGGCUUUAUAUCUGGUCCCCCUGGUGAGUCAGCUCAGCUGAUAAGCUUCUGUAAUAGCUUCGAAGGUGGCUCACUGCUUACUGUGUGCUGGAGCAAUGGACUUGUGAGUCAUGUGCCACUCUCUUACUGCCCCAUCUCGCCUUGCGACUCGUCGGAAACGGCAGCCGACCUUUCCUUUACACCACUCAGACCACCACAUUUGUACAGCUCAUGAGAAGGGAGGAGGUGGUGCCGGUGGCCUAAUGAUGAAUACAAUAUGCUUUAUUCAUUCUGGGCUAACUAUUCUUUCAUUGAAAAAUUGCUUAGGUUUUGUAUAUUUUAAUGUAAUAAGUAAUUUCUGCAUUUUGAAGAAAUAAUCUCAUUUUACUAUUGUUGCAUUAAUGAUAGAAUAUGCUUUUACGUAAUAAGAAAAAAAUUUAUUACAAGGAGAACAAUACCUGAGCAAAAAAUAAAAAUAAACAGGCCUUUUGUGUAUAAAUAAAUCUCGAAGGAGAGCAGUGUCAAGAAAAACAUUAUGAAAAGAGUCAAUAAAAUAAUUUCAUAGGAUU